CUGACGUCUCGCCCGCCGCCUGCAAAACUCCGGGUGGUGGCGGCGGCGGCGACGGACAGCGGCCGGGCGAGCAGGCGAGGCGAGCUGCGCUGCGCGAUGGUGGCGGCGGCGGCGGCGGCCGGGGUGGCCUCGCCGUGCGCCCGCCGGCUGGCUCGGCGCUCGCACUCGGCGCUGCUGCUGGCGCUCACCGUCCUGCUGGUGCAAACGCUGCUGGUCUGGAAUUUCAGCAGCCUCGACGCGGCCGAUGAGCAGCAGCAGCAGCAGCAGCAGCAACGGCAGCCGCCUCCGCGGAGAGGCGCCCUCGCCGGCAGCCCCAGCAGCAGCCGGAGCGGCCACAGCAGCAGCAGCAGCCGGCGGCGGGAGAAGCGCGAGCUGGAGAGCCGCGACGGCCCCCGGGCGCCGCAACCCCGCCGCGCGGCCGGCGUUUUCCGCGGCAAGGCGAUGGAUCAGCCUCUGAACCCUGACAAAGGCUUUGAAGCUCAGGAUGGCUACUUUUCCCACCGGCCGAAGGAGAAGACACGCACAGACAGCAACAACGAGAACUCUGUCCCCAAGGACUUUGAAAACAUUGACAAUAGCAAUUUUGCUCCCCGGUCUCAGAAGCAGAAGCAUCAUCCAGAACUGGUGAAAAAGCCCAUCAGUGCACAGAAGGAGCGCCUACGGAGAAAGCUAGAACAGGCGGAGAAAGCCAAGGAGAACUCUCUCCUCGGGAAAAACUCCAACGAGCGGCCACCCUUGGACAAUUCUGCCCCCAAACCCAACAACAAUGGCAACCCUUUGAAAGACACCCCAAAGUCCUCCAGACAGCCUCAUGUGAAACGGAGUGGGAAUGGCUCUCCUGAGCUUGGAUACGAUCAGCUGCCAAAAUGUGACAUCUCAGGCAAGGAGGCUCUCUCGGCCCUUUCCAGGGCCAAAUCCAAGCAGUGUCGUCAAGAAAUUGCCGAGACGUAUUGUCAGCACAAGCAAGGGAAGCUGAUGCCCGAGCAGGUGACUCGUUUCUGCCCACUGGAAGGAAAAGCCAAUAACAAUCUCCAGUGGGACGAGGACUUCAUAGAAUACAUGCCAGCUGACCCGGUCAAGAUUGCCUUUGUCCUGGUUGUCCAUGGCAGAGCUUCUCGCCAGCUGAUGCGCAUGUUUAAGGCUAUAUAUCAUCAGAAUCACUUUUAUUACAUCCACGUUGACAAGCGCUCCAAUUAUUUACACCGGCAAGUGCUCCAGUUCGCAAGCCAGUAUCCGAACGUGAGAGUCACCUCCUGGCGCAUGGCCACCAUCUGGGGUGGCGCUAGUCUUCUCUCCACCUACCUCCAGAGCAUGCAAGACCUCUUGGAGAUGAAGGACUGGCCCUGGGACUUCUUCAUUAACCUCAGCGCUGCGGACUACCCUAUCAGGACAAAUGACCAGCUUGUCGCGUUCCUGUCCAGAUACCGCAACAUGAACUUCUUGAAGUCUCACGGAAGGGACAAUGCAAGAUUUAUUAGAAAACAAGGCCUGGAUAGGUUGUUCCUGGAAUGUGAUACCCACAUGUGGAGACUUGGGGACCGGAAAAUUCCAGAAGGAAUCACUGUGGAUGGCGGUUCCGAUUGGUUCCUGAUGAACAGGAAGUUUGUCGAAUACAUCACGUUUUCAACUGACGACCUGGUGACCAAGAUGAAACGCUUCUAUUCCUUUACUCUGCUCCCUGCUGAGUCUUUUUUCCACACCGUCUUGGAAAACAGUCUUCAUUGUGACUCCAUGGUGGACAACAACCUGCGUAUCACAAACUGGAACAGAAAGCUGGGGUGCAAAUGUCAGUACAAGAAUAUUGUGGAUUGGUGUGGCUGUUCCCCCAAUGAUUUUAAGCCAUCUGAUUUUCACCGGUUCCAGCAAACGGCAAGACCGACCUUCUUUGCACGCAAGUUUGAGGCGGUCGUCAAUCAAGAAGUCAUCUCUCAGUUGGAUUAUUACCUCUAUGGUAACUAUCCUUCUGGUACACCGGGUCUUCGCUCCUACUGGGAGAAUGUGUACGAUGAACCAGAUGGGAUCCACAGCAUUAGUGAUGUUGCAUUGACUCUCUACCACUCUUUUUCCCGUUUGGGCCUGAAGAAAGCAGAAACGUCCUUCCAUAUGGAUGGCAAAAACAGUUGCCGAUACUAUCCAGUGGGGCAUCCAGUAUCAGUCCAUCUCUACUUUCUCGCUGAUCAUUUUCAGGGCUUCCUCAUCAAACAUCACACGACCAAUUUGGCUGCCAGUAAACUGGAGACCUUAGAAACGUGGGUUAUACCUAAGAAGGUGUUCAAGAUUGCAAGCCCCCCAAGUGAUUUUGGAAGGCUACAGUUCUUGGAGGUUGGAACAGAUUGGGAUGCGAAAGAGAGGAUAUUCCGCAAUUUUGGAGGUCUUAUUUCCCCAACGGAUGAGCCGGUGGGCAUGCAGAAGUGGGCGAAAGGUCCCAACGUCACUGUGACAGUGAUCUGGGUGGACCCCAUCAACGUCAUCGCUGCCACCUACGAUAUCCUGAUCGACUCCAAUGCUGAGUUCACACAUUAUAAACCGCCUCUGAAUUUACCCCUCCGGCCUGGAGUCUGGACGGUUAAAAUCCUACAUCAUUGGGUCCCUGUGGCAGAAACCAAAUUCUUGGUCUCUCCUCUGACAUUUUUGAACAAGCAAGCCAUCCGACAAGAAGAAGCCGCCAAGCUGCACAGUGGACCUCCGAAGAACUCCUACAUGGAGCAGAGCUUCCAAGGGCUCAACCCUGUGCUAAACAUCCCAGUCAGCGCUGGCCAGGUGGAGCAGUUGAAAAAGAAUGCCCUGUUGACUGGCAGCAAGCUGGAGAGCUGGGUGGACAGUUUGGUGGGAAGCACGUGGUCAGCGGUUGACGUCUGCACUACAGGCCCAACCUCCUGUCCUGUCGUGCAGGCUUGCAGCCAGACCUCCUGGAGUUCCCUCAGCCCGGACCCAAAGUCCGAACUGGGCCCCGUGAGACCGGAUGGACGCUUGAGGUAGCACCUGGUGCCCCUUCCGCUGGCUUUCCAAGGGAAUGUGAGCAUUCGGCUCUCGUGGUACUCUUCAGAGGGGGUUGGUACAAGGGGCAGGCGCACUGAUGGAAGGGUCUUUAGGAAAACCUACGAAUCCAUGUUCAAGACGAGGCUGAAAAUCCCAGCCUCCUUUUUACGGACCAGUUUUCCCAUCUCAAGGAUUGUGGAAGUCGGGGAAGAGGCAGGAAAGGAGAAACCCGUUGUAGGAAACAGCUGGUGUUUCUAAAGGCAGGGGCAGCAUACUUUCAUCUCCGAUCAGAACGAAGUUACUUCUCCAAAAAGUCUCCAACGUGUUCUAUCCCAGACAUGGGUUUUUUUUUCAGAGUUUCCUGAAAGCAGAGCUGCUCAGUCACAAAUGUGAAAAUUGCUCUUUUUUCCACCCCCCAGCGGUCCUCAUUUUUCAAACCAUCCCCUUUGACAUCUCCCACAAGCAUUGACAUCAUUACUCCAGCUAGCCAAGCCUGCAAGGUGAUUGUACUCAAUCAACAGAUAUGUGGUCUUAACGUCACUCUCUCAUGCUUACAGAGAUUCGGGGUUUGGUCCUCCAGAAGAGCUAAUGAUCACUCAAGACUUCUCUUCGCUAGACCGGGGUGUGUGCGUGUGUGUGUGUGGGUCUCCAACCUUUGCAACUUUAAGAUUGUGGACUUCAACUCCUAGAAUUCCUCAGCUGGUUGAGGAAUUCUGGGAGUUGUAGUCCACAAGUCUUAAAAUGGCCACGUUUCGAGACCCCCCUGCUCCUGAUUACUAUCCAAGAUGGUCUGUUUUCCAAACAGGGCUAGCUAGGGAGUCAGCUCAAAGGACAAAGUCACUUGAGGAUAUAAAAACUCCUGUGUUGAAUUUUGCACAUCCCCAGAUCAGGCUGGAAAGUAGUUUUACAGAAAUCCCUCAAAAAAAAUCCCUUUGUCUAGGGAUUUUUGUGUGUCUAGUGUAUAUAUUAGACUAGACACCACUAGAUUGUCUAGUCACUAGACUGUUGCAACCGAAAUCUCAGUAUUGCCUUCUAUUUGAGGGGGAAGGGGGUGGCUCAGACAGCAACAGAUAACUAUCCCCUCCGUUCUAAUCAUCAUUAUUCAUGGGCUAUGCUCAAAGAGCUGGGUUCAACAUCCUUAACCAGGUUAGAUGAAGUAAUUCCAAUUCAUAACUUGCUAAGCUUGUGGGCUUUCAACUUGGCUAAUAUUGGCUUAGCGGUGGUGGGUAUCCAACCUGUUUUGUUAGCUUGUGGUUCCAUCUUUUGCCAACAGCUAGAAAGGGAUUGAUUCAAGAAGCAGGUUUAAUUCUGUUGUGUGAACAUAGCCAAAGGAAAACUAGAUGAGAUGGCACAAGCCCAACCCAACUUCAUUCUGCAGUGCACUGGAAGAACGAGUCAUAUGAUCAGGCUGGAGAGAAACAUCUCUUUGGCACAUACAGACUCACAUACCCACACAAACACUAGUGCUUAGUCUUGAUCUAUUAUGCAGUGCCCCAUAAAGAAAGGAGAAAGUGCUUUUUAAAAAGUUCAGAUGGGAAAACUGACAGCAGGGAGUAACUGCCUUCUGCUCUUACAUAGCAUUCCAUUUAACGGAGAAAAAUGGAAAAGGCGUUUUUAAGACUUCUCCUAUUAACAAGACGAAGGAGGAGCAUCCAUUUUAAUCCAGUUUUGUAUUUUGUUUUAUUUUUUUAACUCUUUGCAGCCUCUGAGUCCUGUUUUAGUUUUGGAAGCUGUGAGAUUUUAAGGCCAAAGGUGCAAAAAAAGCCAAAUUUUAUUCCUAAUUAAAUGACCUGUAUUUAAUGAUUUUAGCCUAAAUUGCACUCAGACAACAGAAGGACAGAGGUUUCUGCGCAGAGACACCAAUACUUGAGCAAGGGACUGGACUAUAAGACCUCCCAGGUCCCUUCCAACUCUUUUUAUUCUGUUACUUUGGAUCUUCAGUUCGUAUACCCACCGAUAUAUCCCCUGAUUCUGGAAUCCAAUCUUAUCAUUUUAAGAAAAAGCUGGCUUUCUCCUUUUUUGGCCCUUCCCUUAUUUUCACAUCCAGCUCGCAUUUAAAGACCACGAGAAGAGCAGAAGGGCUGGAAAGAUAACCAGGAGCAACAACAAAAACAACAUAAGUCUGGUUUUCCCUUUUAAAGUGAGCCCUGUGGAGUCCAACCUGAAAUUGGGAAGACUGACUCGUGAAUUCCUGCCUCUCCGUGUCCCCGUUUCCCCCCCCCCUUGGUUUAAAGCUACGAGAGUUUGCUUUGGACUUUUGAAAUUGAGAGUGUCAGCUGUGCUGGCGUAAAGGCAGAGCAUUAAAUAUUUAACUGGCACAAAGGAAAGUAGACAAUGAUGUUACGUAUUUAUUUGUGUUUUUAGUCGAGGACUAACCGUUAGGGCACUGCUUACUCAGCUCCUUGCUAACUAACGCUGCCUUUAUUAAGGGAGGGCCUUUACAACGAAAGAAAAUUGUCUUUUUUUUCCCCCUUUCCUUUCCGUUACCUUGAUUUUUGGUUUUAUUUGGCUUCUGCCCCCCCCCUCCCCAUACUGACAACCGUAAUUAGAUGGGAGGCUCCCUAAUGUUGUAAUGACAAGCCUGCAGUUAGUCCUCGACUUACGACAGUCCAUUUAGCGCCUUUUCAAAGUUACAACGGUAACUGAAAAAAGUGGCUUACGGACGUUCUUUUUUUUUCAUAUGACCGUCGUAGCAUCCCUGUGGUCAUGGGAUCAAAAUUUGGAGGUUGGCCAACUGGCCUGCAUUGAUGAUGAUUGCGAUGUCCUUUGGGGACUUUCUGACAAGCAAAGCCAGCUUCACUCAACAGCUGUGUUCUAACUUAACAACUGCAGUGAUUCAUGUAACGGUGGUGGCAAGACAGGUUGUAAAAUGGGGCAAAACAACUGUUUCACCUAGCAACAGAAAUUUGGGGCUUAGUUACAGUUGUAAGUCAAGGAGUACCUACCUGUACAGUCAGAGAUUUUAGGAAUUAUGCUCCUUGCCUUCAGGAGAGUGCCAAGACUGGAGAUAUUUUAUUCAAGGUUCAGGUGGCUCCAAGUGAGAAGACAACUAUCCCAUCAGAAGCCCUCCGUCCAAAUGUAUCACUUCAUAGGGGCAUCUCUAUCCUAAAGAGCUUCCAGGUGGUAUCUCCCAUCUGUCCAUUCAGCCAUCCACCUCUGUCCCCAGACAUGUCCUAGGACAGGGGUCCCCAAACCCCAGUCCGUGGGCCAGUACCGCAGCAUGCCAGCAACCGGUCCACACAAACAAACAAAGCCCCAUCUGUGGGAUGCAGGCAGCACACAAAACCACACACCCUCUGGUCCAUGGAAAAACCUCUCUCCACAGAACCGGUUCCUGGUGCCCAAAAGGUCCAUGUUUGAAGACCCCUGUCCUAGACCAAUCCUGGCUGACUGGAGAAUUCUGAGAACUGAAGCCCACCUAUCUGGAGAGUGUAGAAGUUGGGGUAUAUGAUUGGAACUGUUUUCAGGAAAAGGAUCUGCUUCAGACAUGAGCGAAGAAGAAGCUCAACUUAUGUCACCACCAUCUGGAACAGGGGUCUUCAAACUUGGCCCUUUGAUGACUUGUGGACUUCAACUCCCAGAAUUCCUCAGCCAGCAUGCCCGGCUGAGGAAUUCUGGGAGUUGAAGUCCACAAGUCAUCAAAAGGGCCAAGUUUGAAGACCCCUGAUCUAGAACCUGCCUUGCACAAGGUUCCUCAUGAGAUUACGCGCCAGAAAGAUGGUGUGGAUCAUACAUUCCUUUCCAGACCUGAAAUCUAAGAAACUCUUCUGUACAAUAUGGGUCUGCUCUACUCCAGUCAGUGCCUUCCAGAUAUGCCUUCUCAGUCAAGCUGGGAAGUCACAGACCUAAAUAUCCAGAGGACACACCAACUACUCAAGACAGCUUGUCCUCUGCAAAUACACAAGCUUUUUUUUUUUUUUUUGGAAAAGAGAAAGGAAACCGGACCUUCAGAUAGAAUUGACCUAUAGUUCUAGCAUGGCCAAUAACCAGGGAAGAGGGGAAGGGUCAUCUACCCACAUCUGAUGGCCCCAGUUUUGGUCCCACUGACUUUCUGCUUUCCUAUCUUCCAGGGUUUUGGAAUCGAUUGUGCAAACCCAGUAACCCUAGACGAGGGAUAUCCAACUUUGGCCAUUAUAAGACUUGUGGACUUCAACUUCAUGCCGGCUGGGGACUUCUGGGAGUUGAAGUUCACAGGUCUUAAAAGUUGCCAAGUUUGGACACCUCUGGCCUAGAUGGCUUGUGAAGGCUGCGUCAAGAAGCCAGGAGUCCCACUGGCGGAUGCGAUUUGUCCCUUAAGGUUUCUUUGGUCCAGCACAAGUUUUGACCUAUCUAAAUCUUGAGUCAGAAGCUCUUUUGAUCUCCUUGCCAUUCCCCAGUCACAAGGGGAGCCAAAGGAUUGAGAUUUAGCCAAGUGGAAAAUAUCCGAUAACAGCAGGACACAUGAAAUAGGAAAUAAUUGUUUCAAGGUCAUCAUCUAUUAAGCAUUAUUAUUUUUUUCAAAACCCAGCCAUUGGAAGCAAUUGAGUAGCUAAAGCUCGCGAGCAAAGUAGUUGCUGUCAAUGGGGGCCAAUAUGGGGGGGGGGAGUGACAACUACUAGAGUCCUCCAAAUGGUUUGGAUAGUAGUUUCCAUUUUAGUGGUACAGUCUUAGAAAGGGAGGCAUGCCCCCAAUUUCCCAUGCCGACUGAUUUCAGUAUGUUCUGGUUUUUAUCAUUUCUGUCUGUCUGUCUGUCUGUCUUCUUUUGCUCAAGGGUGCUACCAAAGGUACUACCUCACUGAUAAUUAAAAAAAAAAUUACGUUUGUUUGAGGAACAGAAAACCAGAAGGGAGGAAAAUGGGGUUUUAAAAAAAAAAAUCUCUUUUGAGUUGAAUGUACAAUCUAUGCAAAUUUUCUCUCUCUCUUUCUCUCUCUCCUCUCUCUUUUUCUCUAUUUUGGUAAUAAAUAAAAGUAGAAGAUGGGGAAAGGAAAAAAAAACUUCUCUAAGUAUUAGAUUUGUAAAACCUUGCCAAAUAAACAGCAAGAUAUACUGUACAGUCGUCUCUGAUAACAGAGCACUUUCAUAUCCGGCGCAAUUCGUUGUGCUCCCUUUGUAUAUUAUAAAAAAAA